AGGAGAAAAGUGAGGUAACCCUAGUCGAAGAAACCAGAUCUCGCGGUUCGAUUUAUUCUAGUUUUAUUAGGAGGAAGGAUGGUAUCGGACGCGAGCAAGAAGAAGGCAGCUCAGAAGAAGGCCGCGGCUGCUGCAAAGAGAGGAGGAAAAGCCGCAGCAGCCUCUUCAACAUCUUCGUCUUCCGCUCCUCAGAACACUGUCUCCUCCGCCGAAAGUCUGUCUAAUGGGGUCAAUUCGAUUCAUUUGUCUGAUCGGAACUGUACUGGGGUCCUCUGUUCUCAUCCUCUGUCAAGGGAUAUCCGGAUAGAGUCACUGUCGCUUACUUUUCAUGGACAUGAUCUUAUAGUUGAUUCCACUCUAGAACUCAAUUACGGAAGACGUUAUGGCCUUCUUGGAUUGAAUGGUUGUGGGAAGUCAACACUUCUUACUGCGAUAGGGUGCCGGGAGCUUCCCAUCCCUGAGCACAUGGACAUACAUCAUUUGUCUCGAGAAAUUGAUGCUUCUGAUAUGUCUUCACUAGAAGCGGUCAUAAGUUGUGAUGAAGAGAGGAUGAGAUUAGAGAAAGAAGCAGAAGUAUUGGCAACACAGGAGGACGGUGGUGGGGAAGCUUUGGAUCACAUAUAUGAGCGUUUGGAAGCAAUGGAUGCAUCGACUGCAGAAAAGCGUGCUGCUGAAAUUCUGUUUGGGCUUGGUUUUGACAAGAAAAUGCAAGCAAAGAAGACACGCGACUUCUCUGGGGGAUGGAGAAUGAGAAUUGCUCUGGCUCGUGCCUUGUUUAUGAAUCCGACUAUCUUGCUGCUUGAUGAACCUACCAACCAUCUUGACCUUGAAGCUUGUGUCUGGCUGGAGGAAAAUUUAAAAAAAUUUGACAGAAUUUUGGUGGUGGUUUCCCACUCUCAAGAUUUCCUAAAUGGUGUCUGCACCAAUAUCAUUCACAUGCAGAGCAAGAAUUUGAAGAUCUUUACCGGCAACUACGACCAGUACAUUCAAACACGGUCAGAGCUGGAGGAAAACCAAAUGAAACAGUACAAAUGGGAACAGGAGCAGAUAUCAUCCAUGAAAGAAUACAUUGCUAGAUUCGGUCACGGUUCAGCCAAACUAGCUCGUCAGGCACAGAGCAAGGAAAAGACCCUAGCGAAAAUGGAACGAGGUGGCUUGACCGAGAAAGUAGUGAUGGACAAGGUGCUGGUUUUCCGAUUCACCGAUGUUGGAAAGCUUCCUCCGCCGGUCCUGCAGUUUGUGGAGGUCACCUUUGGGUACACACCCGACAACCUGAUCUACAAAAACAUCGAUUUUGGAGUUGAUCUCGAUUCUAGGAUAGCGUUGGUGGGACCCAACGGAGCGGGUAAGAGUACGCUGCUGAAGCUGAUGACGGGCGAACUGACUCCACUGGAUGGAAUGGUGCGCAGGCAUAACCACCUGAGAAUAGCUCAGUAUCAUCAGCACUUGACCGAGAAACUGGAUUUAGACAUGCCUGCUCUGCAGUAUAUGAUGAGAGAGUACCCUGGAAACGAAGAGGAGAAGAUGAGGGCUGCAAUUGGGAGGUUCGGGUUGACGGGUAGGACCCAGGUAAUGCCCAUGAAGAAUCUUUCAGACGGGCAGAAGAGCAGAGUGAUAUUUGCGUGGCUAGCGUAUAGACAGCCGCAAAUGCUGUUACUGGAUGAGCCGACUAACCAUCUUGAUAUUGAAACCAUCGAUUCUCUGGCGGAGGCGUUGAACGAGUGGGAUGGUGGGAUGGUUCUGGUGAGUCAUGAUUUUAGGCUGAUUAACCAGGUGGCACACGAGAUAUGGGUUUGCGAGAACCAGGCAGUUACAAGAUGGGAAGGUGAUAUUAUGGACUUUAAGCAUCACUUGAAGAGCAAGGCUGGUCUCUGAUUGGGCAUGUAGCUCUUGUUAGUCAUCGAUUUUAUUUCAAUUAGUUGUUUUUUAA